CAUGUAAACAUGUAAACAUGUAAACAUCAGGGAGCGGAGGUUUGUUUGAUGCUAACAGCUGUUGGAAACGUGUUUUUAUGUUUUGUUAUUCCUUGUAUGAAUUUAAUAAACUCAACUCUUGUUGUUUAUGAUUUUGUGUCGUUUUAACGGUCACGACUCGGUCCCGGUUCCCUCCUGCAGGCCGCCGUGACUCUCUCUCCGCCGCCGCUCCCGCAGUUCCGUCCGCGGCCGGCCGGCGGCGCUGUUUCCGCGGCUGCUCAACUACCUCUAUUUGCUGAAGGACUAUGUUGUAAAAAUCUUUCAAACUGUUUCUUUGCACCGUUUCUCGGGCUCUCCGGGGCUCCGCUCGGUGGUUUCGGGGCCCGUGUGAGCGCCGGUCCCCGCCUACGGCCGGCCCGGCCCGGGUUGGACCGUCUCCGGCGGCUGCUUUAGCGGUUUUCUGAUGUCUGGAGGUUUUACUGCAAACCAAGUUAGCUCAACAGCUAAUCCGAAAAGUCACGUCAGCUGCGCGGACUCGGAAUUAAAAGUUCUCCGGUGGAGUCGGAGCGGCCGGCGGAGCGUCACACAUCCGGCGUUAGCAAACUUUGUCCCGCUGUGUUAGCGCGCUGUUUUAACUCGGUUUAACGCGGUCGUUAGUUUGCGGGCAGACCGCCGUAAGUGAAGCGUAGCUGCGGGUGCUACAUGACGGACCGGCCCGCAGACACACUCGGAUAAGGUGUUUGUCGGAGGGAGAUGCGGUAGAGAGCGGGCAGCUUCGCUGUUCAGCCCGCUGACUCGGCGGCUCCGGGUUUGGGGCCAGUGAGGCCUGCGGGUCAGGCUUCCACCGGGCUCGAGUAGAGCGCGACGCCGCCGUCGGCAGGUCGAAGGCCGGCAGUUGGCGCCGUCACCGCCGGGCCUGCGCACCGAGGUAUGGAACGGAUGGAAGUGGACCAGUGCGCAGGCGCAGCUGGCGGGGCAGGAGGCGGGGCUCUCCGCAGGUCGAACAGCGCCCCCAUGAUCACCAGUGUCAGCGACGGGAUGACCGUCUUCAGUCCCGUGUCUUCGGCUCGGUACCGACGAAGCAGCGUCUCCAUCAACCCCAGCUGCCCUUCGCAGCUCGUCCCUUUAUCUCCGUUCUCUCUGACCGGAGAUCGACUCGACCAGAAGAGACAGGAGGAGAACAUGGAGAUGGCGCUCAGAGGGAGUCUGCAGAGACUCAGUCCUUCCAGUCUGAUCCCAGUCCCUCCAGUCGGUCAGUGGCACGACCAUCCAUCAGUGUGGUUUCCGUCUCAGGACAGCGGCGUCACUCCCAACUCGUCUCCGAGUCCCACCAGGAGGUUCAGACCUGCAGUCAGCGCCACCGUGAGAUGGCCGGCGUUAACGCCGCUGAAGAGGAAAGGAGGGGUGGAGUCUGACGGACCCCCGAAGAAGCUAUUUGUUGCCGGGGUAACAGACCCCGCCCUCCGCAGCAGCUACACAGUCAGCGUCUCCCAGGCGGCGGCCGACUCCCCCCCAGCAGGAGGCGCCAGCCCUCAGUCCGGCCGUCUGUCCCUGUCUCCGCCCCCGUCCUUCACCCCCUUCACCUCCCACCAGCACCCGGGACACUGAGGCCCGACCCGCCGGCCACCAGCAGCAUUUCCUGUUUCUGCUCCAAUCCCCUGCCAGCGUCACUGUAAGUCCCGCCUCCUAGCCGCCGCCUCACCCGACAGACAGACGGUCGGAGGUUCACUUUGCUCCGUUUGGAUAGUUUUUAUUUUUUGCAAUAAAUAAAAAAGCUCCAGAAGUAUAUUUUUUUCCGGAAGUUUCUGAUCUGGAGAAGAAGAUUCGUCAUCAGCAUCGCGAUCGGACGUGAAGCUGGACUCCGAGAGAGGGGGAUUGUGGGUAACUGUAGGUAAACCUGAACAAGCUGAUUUUGGUUAAUUACAGAGAAGAACGAGUCGGAAACCUGGAACCGGCUCGUUUUACUUCUCAGACGAAUUACAAUCUCAAUUCUGAAAUGUUCGGAGGUUCUGACGAGGUUUCGGGUUGUUACCGAGACGAUGAGAUGUUUUGGGAUCCAAGCAGAACUUCAGCAGGACUCUGUUGGUUCCGCAUCACCGAUGGAAGGAAUCCUCGGCUUUAAGUUCGGCUGAUGGAUCUGCGGAGGAGAACCUGGACUCCAGACGGUUUAUCAUUCCCAAACGCGCAGAAGAACCUGAAAACGUCGUCGUCCAGACCCGCGGUCACACGAAGCUCUUUGGUUUCUCUUUCAGGUGUUUUUUCAGCCAAACGUGAAAUUCUGCCGCUGAACAAAGUUUCCCUCGUCAAAGACGUGUUCGUUUCAGCGCCGCCUCGACCCAGUCUCUGGUCGAAGGUCCGCUGACGUGGAUGUUUUCACCGUAGCAGGACAGAAGUGUGAAGCAGCAGCAGCUCGUCUGAGUGUGAAUAGUGUAUCUAUAUGUGAAUACCUUCCUCCGCCUGCAGGGUGCAAAUGUACAUAUUGAAUCUUCCUCCUCUGAGGUGCAUUUAUACUUCUUUUUUUUUUCUCGCCGACCGUCUUCGGCCUGUUUUUACUCGUUCUCCAGAAACAUGAAGAUCAGUAGGUCUGGUUGGUUGAGGACAGUUUAAACACGGUACCAAUCCCCAGAAAACAGAACUUCAUGAGUCCUUCUGCGGUUUUCUGACACCAGGAUCAGCGUCUCUGGACUCUGAUUUCAGGGUCGAUGGUAAAUCCGACUAUCAUUCGAUUAUUAGCCAUCGAGGAAACCGAUGACCGAUACUUUGGCACUGAUUUAAAUUUGCAGUCGAAUUGCAGAAUUUUGAACAACACAAACUCCGACACUUUGCUGAAAUGUCGUUUACAGGUUACACAGAUUUAAUAAAAAGUGAACUUUU